UAAUAAGUGGUGGCUGUGCUUGUGUGUUGGCAGUUCGUGAGGCCGGUGUGGCGCGCGUGGGGCGGGAGGCAGGUGCCGUUGGCGCGCCGACGCCGGCGGCGCCCGACGUCUGGCCGUCCACGAGGGAGAGCCGAGACCACGGGAGCCCCAGUCAUGGUUACGGUGUCACGUGGAUGCGAUGACUGUGGCCGCAGCCGUGGCCGCUCCGUGGCACCGGGCCCACGUCUAUAAGGCUAUCGCCUGCAUCGUCUUCGUGCUCAUCGCCCUGCAGUACCUCAGCGGAGCCUUCGACCGCCGAUCGAUCGAGACGAUAUUCGCCAUCAACACUAGUCGACCGCCACCUCAGCGGGCCUUCGUAAUAUACGGACCAGCGACGGCAACGAGCGUCGACGAGGUGGAAGACGAGGUCCCGGGUAGCGACGGCAGUGUCGCCCCCGUUGUGAAUUCGAGCAACGCAAACCUCCUCAGCACCCUUACGCCCGUUGGCAAUUAUUCCUCUACGGGACCGAGGGACAAUUCAUCCUUGGUGAUGAUAUUCCAGCAGCAGCAGCAACAGCAACAGCAACAGCAACAGCAGGAGGACGUGGCCCUACGAAUAAGGAAUACGAGCGCUUCCUCAACGACAUCGCCAAUCCUCGAGGCCCCGACGCCUCACGACCUUAAUCGCUGCCCGCUAGUACCGCCGAAUCUAGUGGGCCCGAUGACGGUGAGCAAAACACCCCCGGACCUCGCAGCCAUGGAGCGGGCUUUCGCCAAGGUGAAGCUAGGCGGUCGGGGCUUGCCAGAGAGCUGCAUCGCCCGCUAUCGCGUGGCCAUCGUCGUCCCCUUCCGGGACCGCUUCCAACACCUCAUGACCCUGCUCUACAAUCUGCACCCGAUGCUGCUACGCCAGCAGAUCGAUUACCAGAUCUUCGUCGUCGAGCAGGAGGGUACUUGGCAAUUCAACCGGGCGAUGCUCAUGAACGUCGGCUAUGUGGAGGCGCUGAAGGAGCGGCCGUUCGACUGCUUCGUCUUCCACGACGUGGAUCUACUACCCGAGGACGACAGGAACUUGUACACGUGCCCGGAACAGCCUCGCCACAUGUCAGUGGCUGUCGAUAAAUUCCUCUACAGGCUACCGUACAACGACCUUUUCGGCGGCGUUUCCGCCAUGACGACUGAGCACUUCCGUCUGGUGAAUGGCUUCAGCAACGUCUUCUGGGGCUGGGGCGGCGAGGACGAUGACAUGGCGAACCGAAUCAAGGCCCGGGGCCUCCACAUCUCCCGCUACUCGGCCAAUAUCGCACGCUACAAGAUGCUGAUGCACAAGAAGGAGAAGGCGAACCCCAAGCGGUAUGAAUUUCUAAAGACGGGCAAGAAGAGAUUCCUGUCGGAUGGCCUUAACAAUCUCCAAUACGAGGUUUUGGUGAAAAAGAAGCCCAAGCUCUACACUUGGUUUCUCGUUCAUCUGACGCCACCCACACAGCCCAGCUGAUGGCUACCAUGGAUCGUCGGGUAAACUCGCGGAAAAUUCGACGUCGUUUUAAGUGAGUCCCGAUCGAUCCAAUUGUAGAGAAAUUCUACAUACGAGUCUGCUGAAACA